AUGUGCAACGAUAUAUUUAAUCAAGAAAUUACUUGUAAAAGUGGAAAUUAUGGAAUUCCAUCAAUACAUUGCUAUCUUAAUAAAUCUGAACUUUGGCUUAAAAUUGAGGAAAAUAUUGAAGUUUAUAACAAAUUUGGAUUUAAACAAAUUAAUCUCUCUACAUUAAGAUCUGCUAAACUUUUGGAUAAAAAUUAUUGCUGUGAUAUAAAAACAUGGAUACCAUUUAAUGUUAAUUCCAUAAUUUUAUUUGUAUUUGAUGCUAAAGACAUUUAUGAAAAUAAUUAA